AUGACAACAAGAACCAGUUCGCCCGUUCCGUCUACUAGUUCAUCUAUUACUAAUGAACCUGCUAAGACAGAAAAUAACUUCAUGGAAUUGUCUGAAUCUGCAAUUUACGAUGAUACUGGUAUAACUGGCUUCAUGGAACAACGAUAUGCCACUCCUAAAUCCAUUAUAAAACAAAAAUUAAGUGAGAAAAAUAAUAUUGCUUUAACAAGUGACAUAUUAACUCUUACCAACUCGACACGAAGUUUCAUCGUAGUGACAGCGCAUUUCCUUAACACGGAGUGA